CAGGGGAGAGCAGAGCCCUGCUGCACAGAAGGCUGGACCACUCCUCCCCCACCAAACUGGCCCUCAAUGGAAGCCUUGGUCUGUGCGUUCUCUGAGCUGCACAUAAGAGAAGAUUCCGUGAGCUGGGCCCAAGGACUCCCCAGUCACCCCGACACACCAUCCAACAUCUACGAAGGAGGGCUGGGGGCCCAGCAGCAGCAGUGUCCCAGUGCCCAGGGAAGCAAGCCCAAGAACUUCCGGCUGCGCCACCUCCGGGGCCUGGCCCUCUAUCUACCAGGCCACAUGCAGCCUGCUGGCCAGUGUGAGAGUCACUGGCUGGGCCGGCUCAUGGCUGGGAGCUGCCUCCCAUGGCCUGAGGGCAUGGCCUGGCCCCUGGACCUGCCACAGGGUACUCUGAACCCAGGUAACAGCCACCGUUCAGCCCUUCUGGAAGCUCAACUGCCCGGAGACAGCCUGGGAAAUACAGCAUCCAGUUCCAGCAUGGAUCCAGCUAAGGGUGCCCCCUCCCAGCCUGGUACCCAUGAAGGCUUGGGGUUCAGGCCCAAGAGAUCCUGGGAGGCCUCAGAGGAGUCCACCUGUCCACUGUGCAAGAGAAUCUGCUCUGGGGCUCUGAAGAGGCCGUAGGGAUCCGAGUGCUGUUUUCACAGCUUCAGGACAGGAGGGGAAAGAUGAUCCAGGAGGUGGCGGAGGAGGCAGGUCCAGAGAGGAAGGGCUCAGCCCCACCAGUAGACCCUCCAGAUGGAGACACCUGCCGAUGCCCAGCACCAGAGCCUGGGCCAGCCUUGGGAAAACUCGAGGGGAGGGAGGAGGCGGUCCUGAGGGAGGGACAGAAGAAAAAAGAGAAGCCUGGGCAUGCCCUUGCAGCCUGCUCCAACUCAAGUAAACCACUUGUACCUGGAGGCCGGCUGAGUGGAGAGUGGGGCUCCCAAAGAGGCCGGGGAGCCUGCUGGUCUAAUCUCAAUAAAAGCCAAAGCCCACA